AUGAACCCAGUUGCCUACAUGAUUGCUCUACCGCCAGCUCUUGCCCGGUUGCAUGAUGUAUUUCAUGUUUCCUAUUUGAAAAAGUAUGUUUCAGAUUUUGCACAUAUGAUUGAUUGGAACUCCUUGCAGGUACUGGACCUAGGGGUGGUCAUGAUCGAGCCAAUCAGGGUGCUCGAGGUACGUAAGCAACGCUUACAUAAUAGAGAAGUUACUCAGUGCAAGGUCCAGUGGGACCAGUACACUGAGGACAGUGCCACUUGGGAAGAUUAUAAUGAAAUUCAUCAACGAUUUCCACACCAAUUUAAUGUUUUUAACAGCUAA